ACAAAAUAUAGUUGUUUGAUAAAAUAAUUUUGUAAAAUAUACUUAAAAUUAUUGAAGUAAACAAAGUAAAAUGGGUGAGCGUAAAGGGCAAAAUAAAUACUAUCCCCCUGAUUAUGAUCCGAAGAAGGGCGGACUUAAUAAAUUCCGUGGUACGCAUGCACUACGUGAGCGGGCCCGGAAAAUUCAUCUGGGCAUAAUCAUUAUACGUUUUGAAAUGCCCUACAAUAUCUGGUGCGAUGGAUGUAAGAAUCAUAUAGGAAUGGGUGUUCGUUAUAAUGCGGAAAAGACAAAAGUGGGCAUGUACUAUUCAACUCCUAUUUACAAAUUUCGAAUGAAGUGUCACCUAUGCGACAAUCAUUUUGAAAUACAAACCGAUCCCGGAAAUUUGGAUUAUGUGAUUCUAUCCGGGGCACGCCGACAAGAGAAUCGCUGGGAUCCGUUACAUAAUGAGCAAGUUGUUCCCGAGACUAAAGAAGUACAGAAACGACUAUUCGAUGAUGCGAUGUACAAGUUGGAACAUCAAGCCAAAGAUGUCAAAGCUGGGGAAGAUGCAAAACCGGUCUUGGAACGUUUAGUUGAACGUAAUCGAAGCGUUUGGGAUGACAGUUACGAAGCGAACUGCCGUUUAAGGGCAGAGUUUAGGUCUAAAAAGAAGGAACUAAAAGCACAAAAAGAACUUGAUGAUCAAUUACUUGCGAGAAAUAGUCUUGAUAUAGCGCUUUUACCAGAAACUGCACAAGAUAAGCAAAUGGCUGAGUUGAUGAUGCUACAAAGCAAAUCAGCCCAAGAAAGAGAAGCCGAAAAAAGGCUGGACAUAUUAAUGAAACCUGCCCUCCCAGGUGCUACUAAAACAACAUUCGGUGGACUGAAAAGGCAGAAAAUACUAAAUACGCAUCUACAAUUUGGAGAUUUGGGUAUUAAAAAGAAACCCGAACCCUGCACUCUUGCAGAAAAAACAGUUACAAGAGAAGAAAAUCACAUCCAAAAGGAAGAUUGUACGUCAUUGGAGGACAAAAGACAAAACGAAAAAUUAAAAGAAGAGAAAGUCAAAGUAAUAAAUUUGCCAAAUAGUUUGGCUCUAGUCUGUGAUUAUAAUAGUAGUAGUGAAAAUGAUAGUAGCAAUUAAAUACAUUACAUACAAAGUUUUAUUAUCGAAAUAACAUUUGAAUACAACCAAUAACACAAUAAAAAUACAAUAUUUAAAAAACAAAUGUUUUACA